CCUGCAUCAACUCCAUCGCCUGCAUCAGCUCCGUCGCCUUUACCACCCAAGUUCCUAUUCAUCAUCUGGUGCUGGAUCACAGCCCCGCGCCCUGCAUCAACACAUGAGCCGGAUGCCGCCUUCUCCGGACCAUCCGGGCUGGUGCCGGACCCAAUCUCGAGCCAGUUCGGCGUCGCAGCCAAUCACAUCGACACAACGCCCUGCCCUGAUACUGUGCUGCCUGUUGUUGUUUCUGCUGGCUCCAUCGCCGUCUUUCUCGCUCCCGGUGUCGACGGUGACUGGCUCGCCGCCGCCUUCGAACUCAACCAAACAAACCUCAAGCGUUGUGCCGUCGCCCGUUCCAACUGCUUCCCUCCAGAACUCGAGCCUGCCUUCUUUAUCUUCGCCAACUCUCUACAGCCCGGUUGACUCGCUGCCAUGGCGAGACUGCCACGCCUAUGUGCAGACCAAAGACUCCUUUUUCAUUAUCGGAGGCCGUGCAGCAAUCGGACCUGCACCCAUCCCAGGCGGCGGCCCUAUCAUCCCGGUGCUUCCCGUGCUGGCCGCCACCCUGAACUCGACCUCGACCUCGACCUCGACCAGCCGACCAAAUGCGAGCACCACGCAGCAACCAGCUGGCCCAAGCCCCAUAACCAGACUGUCUGAAUCGUCCAACACAAGCGCCCUGCCGGGUGAUCUGGUUCCGGUUCAGUCUCCGUUCGCUGGCACCAACUCGAUUUGGUCGGUGCGGUACAUCGAUCUCGAUGUUUCGAGCAUUUCCCACUCGGACGCCUUCCCGCCGCUCUUUGGGCUGUCUUGCGUCACUGACGACUCCAAGUUGAAGAUUUAUUGCACUGGCGGAUUCCCGACCCCAAACUUGACGGCGGUUCCCCCUGGCCAGGCUGGUCCGACGUUGUAUCCUUACGAAAGUCUGGUCAUCGUCGAUGUUCCCUCGGGCGUGGUAUCAACCCACAACCUCACCUGGCCUGUGGACCAAGAUGGUACCUCAGUAUCCCGAGGCUUCCAUGCAUCGGUCUUCUACAACAACUCAAUUUUCAUGUUCGGCGGAAUCCCUUGCUACCAGUGCCCCGUACCGACUCUGUCGUGGGGGAGGCAGCACAUUGCCACCAUCAGCAGUGCGAUCGCGUUCAUACCUCCAAGCAGCACCUCGAGUCUAUUUCCCAGCACCAGUAAUUUCGGAAGGAAUGGCUCCAUUCUCCUCAUUGGCGGCGCUUCCACCAACAUCAGCGCCGACGGCACGAGAGCUUACCCGGCCGCCAACCCGCAGCUCCUUUGGUCGUUUGACAUUGCCACUCACAACAUAACGCCAAUUGCUGUUGGGAACGCGGAUCCCGGGUCAGUGCCAUCGCCACGAUACGGGCACUCGUGUGCUGUCUCCAAUGACGACAGCUCCACUAUCUGGGUGCAAGGCGGAGGUGCACCGGGCUUUGAUCCCGUGGACCGGAAUCUGUGGCGUCUCAACAUCAGCAACCCCGCCAACUACACCUGGCAGCUCAUCGUCCCCAGCAAAUCGGACCAGAACUCGCUCUUCUCCGCCAACGCCACAUUGUUUGGCUCCUUGAUCUCGUACUCGACUUUUGUCCUCGUCUUUGGCGGGCGCAUCCCUGGCAUGAUCGGGGCAGACGGGCGCACGGGGUUCGUGAACGUCUCAUCCGGAGCGACUCUGGCGUCCUUUGGCAACUCAUCGGCCGUGCAAUCGUCUGGGCCCUUUACAGUCUACUACGACGGCUCAGCGCUCGGAAGCUCUCUGGGAUCGCUGUGGUCUCGAGCCAAUCGGUUCGCUCGGCGCGUACUGGCGCAGCUUCCCACGCCCCGUUUGCUCCGUCGGUCGGCCGUACAGGAAUCCGGCACAGACAGCGACCAAAUCCAAUCACCUCGACGUGUAGCCGGUCGUAAAUCUGCUCUGAGCACGGCUGCAACGGCUACCGCCAGAUGCGACUCCUCAAUGAGGCACUUGUCGACCUUGACCGGCCUCACCUCGGUACCAUCCGUAUCUGCGCUAUCGCCACCCUUGGCUGCGACACUGCCCUCGUCCCACCGACCCUCGAAGCCGCUGACCAUAAGUACAAAAGCCGCCGUGCCUUUGGUACUUGCACAAGUGGCGCAAACCACACAGGCCCCACCGAUCGUACAAACCACACCAGCCGCACAAACCGCAAAGAUCAGCAACCCGCUCAAAGCAACUCCAUUCGAGCUUGCGUCUGAGCCCUUGGCAAGCGCAAAUCAACCGUCGGAUACAAAUGCAAGCACGGUACCUCCUGGACUGCCCCUGCGCUAUACGUUUGUCUUUGACACUCGCUUCGACACUUGGUCUCCUCAGGCACGGACCUUGGUGGCUAACUCUCCGUAUGACGUCGACAGCCAAACCAGCGCGAGUGACUCGGGUCCCCUAAUCGCUGGCAUUACCAUCGGGCUGGUUGCCCUCUUGGUCGUUGCCGGCAUUGCUGUGAACCGAAUGAGGUAUCAAGCCAAACCCGGUGCCAGCGAAGACGGCGCGACAGAUAUCAACAAGAGCACAGCGCGCUCUGCAAUUGAGAUUGCUCGUGGCGCGGAUAGCCGCAGCAACGAUAGUGCAGACAGUCUGCCGUUCAUGCUCCUGUUGAAGAAGAAGCACCAGUCGCUACUGCAGCCACAGCAGAGUGCCAACCUCGAGAUGAACCGCCUUGUGGGCCGACAGCUGGCAAACCGACCAAAGGCGCACUUUGCUCCUUCAUCCACGCCCGGUCCAUCGACGCACGUAUCCGGUGCUGCUGGUUCCAGCGGCUCAGGUCUCCAGCUGCCCUCCUUGAUCCCCAACAGCCGGCCGAUGCAUUCAUCGCCGCUCGCGCCACCGCCCGUGGCUCUGUCGACCUUCAUCCUGGAUCCGCGAUCAGGACUGCCGAAGCGCCUUGACUCGAUUGUCAAGAAAGCCCCGGGCGCAAAUUCAGUCGAUUUCGACGACGACGAAGACUUUGGAUUUGAGCCUGACGAGACCGAUAGCUCCGGUGCCGAUGAAGCCAGCGAUCCGGCUGCCGUGUCCGACCAUCAGACUCCCUCUCCGCGCGAGGCCCAUAACAGGAGUCCGUCGUGGGCGACCUCUGCCGCGGUCGACGAUUCCAGCGAGUACUCUGCUGCACGGUCUGAUGACCCUUUGAUCGUCGCUACCAGCUCCCUUGAUCAGGCAUCGGGCACCGCAACCCCGUGCUCGCAUACGAGACCAACAAAGGUAUCGGAAUCAAUGCAGUCGAUCGAGCACUUCCAAGUCCACAACCGCCCAAGAUUCAUCAUGUCCAAGACCACGCCGAACGCAUCCACGGGUUUUACGGCCGGCGAGAUGGACCGCAGCAGUCAAGACCACGACGACGAAAUUGACCUGCGGACAGGCGAGAUUGUGACAAUUGCAUAUCUCUACAACGAUGGCUGGGCCAAGGGCUGGAACUUAACGUCGGGCCGCAUCGGCGUGUUCCCGUUCCUGUGCGUCCAGCAGAUGAUGACGCGGUCCGGCAGCCGGCGCUCCAGCCGCACGGUGCAUUCCGAGAAGCGUCUGAGCAAGCUCUCGAUGGCCCGCAUGUCCUCGUACAACAGUGAGCUGUCGACAGGCCAGCCAAGCUUGUACCAGACUCACAUUCUCGAAUUCGAUGAGAACGCAGACGAAGAGGGAAUUGAUAUGAUGCCGCUUGCAAGCAGCUCCAACGACGCCACAACAUUCAUCUCUGGAGGCACGGACCUGGGAUACGAAAGCCAGAAGAGCAGCUUUGUGGACGCUGACAUCGAGACGGCUGCGAGUCCAGCGAGUCCACUCGGCUCUGUUCGUUCGCUAGCAACACACGAUACCGUCUUGGAUGAAAGUCGACCUGCCGACGCCGCUGGCAUGGCUGAUGAGCCCGUGGUCGCUGGUGCACCGCAAAGUGCCGCUGCUGCCGCCGUCGCGGGGCCCCCGCAAUUGCCUGCGUCCCAGCCCACACCAAUCCAAGCCGAACCUCUCGACGACGAUUUCUCCGACAUGGGUGACAGCAUCGGCUCGAGCGAGCUCGGUGACUUUGAUGACGACGAGGAGUAGAGCCCAAAGUCACCGAAAGAGCCGCUGAAAGCCGUCAGCCAUUGACGCGCCGCACCUCGCCCAGCCCAUCGCGUGUACUUUUUUUUUGGUAAUUUCAUGAAGCGAUUUGCGGAGAAGGGUUGAUACCCAACCCGUUAUCGCCGCUCCCCACCCCAUGGCGCAUCUCCAUCUCCUUGCAUCCAGCACACGUUAUACCGCUAGGGUGCGGAUAGAAACCCCCUGAAUAUACGUUUGAGCCACCGGAA